AUGAUGAUAUUGCUUUGCUUUGCUUUCAGGCCCAGGUUCUUCAGGCGGCCCCGAAAGAAGGCGGAUCAUCCUGCAGGGCAACAAACUGAGGAAGCCAGCAGCCAUGGAAGCGGAGCCCCGCCAGCACAGCAGCAAGCAGACUCGGCAGGACCUUCCGCUCCCUCGCAUGCACCGUCUCAAGACAAACCCUCUGCUGAUGCGGCUCAGCCGUCUGCCGCGGAGGCGAAGGCGUCGAGACCUGUGAGGAGGAGACACAAACCGAGAACAGAGAAGAGCAGACCCGUCAGCGUGAACGAUCCAGCAGGUGCCUCUGCUACAGAGACUCAUCACAUGCCCUCAGAUUCUCAACCGCAUGUCGGGGACGCUUUUCUCGCAAGCUCGCUCGUCCCAUGGCGAGUUGAUGCGCCAGAGUUCGUUCCGCAUGUCGCCCUGCAGGAUGAGGCCGUGCUGGCCUGUGGACCAGCUCAUGUAGCCAUGCCCGGCUCCACUCAGAGCAAGAAGAACAAACGCAACAAGCCUCAGCAGCAGCAGCAGCAGCGUCGCACAAGGCCUGAAGCGGCAAGCGACGAUGCGCAGGGUGAAGGGAAGGAAAAGAGAAGCAACAGGAGGGUAGAAGAAGAGGAGGAGAGUGCCAAAGGAACUUAUGAAUCGCUUCCUAAUGCUAAUGAUCAUGACAAACAAUCCAAGAAGCAGGGGGCAAGACGGCAGAAGGGACCUCAAGACAAUCAACUUAAGGAGGACAAGAAAUCCACCUUGAACAUGAAGGAAAACAUCUCGAAGCACAACAACGACAAGCGGAGGAAGUGGUGGAAGAUUCUACAGGAAGACGACCCGAUUUCGCUAGAGCCUAUCGGCCAGCUGAGAUAUGAACCGUUCGAUCUCAAGGCCAACGAUGACAUCUCGGUUUGGUUCGACCCCCAGAUCCUCGCCAACUACCUCGUGUCUUCGGGAACCUUCACUCACCCAGUCAGCCGCCGACCCAUCACUAAGGAGGACUGCGAAGCUCUUGACCGGCACCUUGCCGCAUGCCGGCUCAAGAAGGUCGGAGUGAAGGAAGUCUUCGAAUUCAAGGAGAGAUUGAACGAUCCGACAGAGAGGAUAACAGGUCUCUACCGCGCUCCUCCCCCUCCGAACCUUACCCCCCCCCCCGCAGCCCUUAGGGAACAGGCUGCUGCGAUCAUGGAGGCUGUGUUUGGAGGAAGGACACGAGAGAGGGAGACUGGAAGACCUGAGAAUCGAUUUCAGGGGCAGCAGAGGGGUUUUCGAAAUGAUCGCAAUGUACCUACCGGGCAAUCCGCAAACUUUGGGUCUCAACAACGCAGCAUGGCUGGAGUUGGACGCGAAGAGAACUUUCCUUUCCUCAUCGACGACGACGAGGAUUUUUUCCCGAGCUACGGCAAUGACGCGAGGAGGAGGGUAGAGGAAGUCCAAGAAGACUUUCCGCAGCUCGUCGGGACAGGCUACAUCAACCGUCCUGCACAACCUCCACAGUAUGUCAGGAGGAAUGUAUCCAACUACGUCUGUAGGCUGUCGGCAGAGUACAAGGAGAGGAUGAGCAUCCAGGGCGUCGUGGGCUGCAUCUUCUUCAUCUCCACAGCAGGAUCGAAGAAUCGGAAGAAAGUCUGCAACAAGGACGUCCAAGCGCUCUUCCAGACCAGCUGCAACAUCAAGUGGAUCGACGACACGAAGCUCUACGUGCUGGUCAAGGAAGCUGAAGAGGAGGAAGUCAUGCAGCGACUGAAGACAACGCCCUUCACCGCCAAGAUGGAGGGAUCCUCUGUCUACAGGCUCGGCGAGCUCACUCGAGCCAUAGAGGCCGAUGGCAAGUAUGAGCCCAAAGAUCACCGGGGCCUGAGCGUUCAGAGACUUGUGCUGCCGACCAUGGGCGACCUCCGUUUCAUCGUUUUGAAGUUGUGCGAGACCUUCUCCCAGAGCUACAGCGAGGAGAGGGAGAGCCUUGAAGGAGAGGAAGACGACUACGAGACCUGGCUGCAGGUGGAGCCAGUCCAUGAUGACGUCAUGUUGAGGCAGGUGCUGCUGGAGCUGGAGCGAGGGUACCUGAUGUAA